CUGACGCGUCCAUAUGCUCAAUGAAAACAUUCCAAAUUUACACCGGUUAUCACUGACAGAAGAUUGACCGAAUGAGAAGCGAAUAACAUUAACUUUAUGUUGGUCUAGGGUCAAAUUACUCCGUUUCAGAAACGGAGUAAAUUGAAUGGACAAUGGCUACUCUAUAAUUCCAUCUAUUAAAGAUUGAUAUCUAGCUAGCUAACACUAUCCGAGUCUUGGAAGUAGACGGGAUUUUAGGGUGAAUUAUUAAGUAUAAUUAAAGGGACCAUCAAAUCCCCCUUCGGCGUCACCAUUUCCGGACUUGUGACAUCUGGGAUAGUGGAGCGGGACGUUGGUUUACGGGGUACGGGGAGUGGUGUCGUAUCGGUUAGCAUACCCGGAGUUCUCGGGGACAGAAUGGCCUCAGGAAAAGGGAAGAACUCGCUUCUUCAGAAUGAGCGACUACGAUUCAUUGUCUGUUUCCUCGGAGUUUUUGUUUGUUAUUUCUACUAUGGCAUAUUGCAAGAAACAAUCACAAGAGGACAGUAUGGCCAAGGGGACCAAAAGGAGAAGUUCCGAUUUGCAACAACCUUGGUUUUAAUUCAGUGCAUCAUCAACUCUAUAUUUGCCUGGAUCUUAAUCCAGUUUUUUGAGGGCUCUACAACGGAUCACACCAAGAGCUGGCUCUAUGGCCUCUGUUCCCUCUCCUAUCUGGGAGCCAUGGUUUCCAGCAACUCUGCCCUUCUGUAUGUCAACUACCCGACACAGGUGUUGGGGAAGUCCUGCAAACCCAUCCCAGUAAUGAUCCUCGGUGUGACAAUACUGAGGAAAAGGUACCCCCUGGCUAAGUACCUCUGUGUUUUGUUGAUUGUGAGUGGGGUGGCCCUGUUCCUCUACAAACCCAACAAGAGCUCAGCUUCUACAGAUGACCACGUUUUUGGUUUUGGGGAGGUGCUAUUGUUGAUGUCUCUGACGAUGGAUGGUUUGACGGGUGUGGCUCAGGACCACAUGCGGAGUCGCUUCCAGACUGGAGCCAAUCACAUGAUGCUAAACAUCAACAUGUGGUCCACCCUAGUGUUAGGAUUCGGUGUUUUGUGGACAGGUGAGGUGUGGGAUUUCCUGAGCUUCACUGAACGCCAUCCCAGCAUCCUCUAUAACAUCCUUCUGUUUGGAUUGACAAGUGCUUUAGGCCAGACCUUCAUCUUCAUGACGGUCGUGUACUUUGGGCCGCUUACCUGCUCCAUCGUCACAACAACACGGAAGUUCUUCACCAUCCUCGGCUCUGUCAUUCUGUUUGGCAACGUCAUAAGUACCAUGCAGUGGUGCGGUACUAUUCUGGUGUUCCUUGGUCUUGGUCUGGAUGCCAAAUUUGGCAAGACACCCAAGAAGACAACACACUAAUCUGGAACAUUCUGACAGGCAGACAAACUGAAAGUGUAAGGCUUAGCAGUAGCCACAAUAUCUUAUUUUCUUCCCUCCCAGCAGAGGUAUGUGCCAAUAGCUUAUGGUUUAUUUCCAUUCAUAUUUUAAAUUAAUUUACCUGAUUGUGAGGAGGACAUUGGACUGAAUGAAGACAGGAACUGAAGAGGUGAAAAGGCGUCAGAAACAGCAUGAUUGCAGCCUACUGAAAUCUUAUCUCCAGUAUUUACCUGGGGUACUCGCCAUUACAGAAUGUCUGGUUUUCAACGGUUUUGCUCGUAUUUGUAUGUUUGAGAAGUACACAAGAUGCCCUUCUUGGACAUGUUAACUAUAGCACACCUCUUUUUGUUUACUCAUGCCAGCACUUUUAUUCAUAUCUUGGAUGACGGAUAACUUUGAUUACAUUGUAUGAAACUGUCAUUUCAUAAUAAAAGGGAAACACUUUGUCAUCAACGACUCAAAUGUUUUCACAACUUUCUUUUGUCUAUUAAAGUAUUCUUGGACUGUUUAAAAAAAGAGGCCAAUACAGGGUUCUUUGUAAGAGAAUUAAAACCGAAUGGAAUAAAAAAUU